AUGAUUCGCUUAUCUUCUAGAUCUGUUGCUCGUUAUUCAUCUCUCACAAAGCCUCUGAAGGCUACUACGACGAGAGAUACCGUUUUCAACCAAAAUGCUCAUGGCCAGGUGCAGAAAACCCCCGUGGGUCCUCGUGCCAAGAAAAUGUUGGCGGAGGGUAAACCAAGAAUGACCAGAUUAUCUGUCGAUGGUCCCAUUGAAUGUCCCCUAGAUUCUUUCCAAUUGUUAAACUCACCACUUUUCAACAAAGGUUCUGCCUUUACGCAGGAAGAACGUACCGCUUUUGGCUUAGACGCCCUGCUUCCUCCACAAGUGAAUAGUUUAGACGAACAAGUGGAGCGUGCAUACCAACAAUUGUGCUAUUUGAAAACACCAUUGGCCAAAAAUGACUUUAUGACCUCUUUGAGAGUACAAAAUAAAGUCCUUUUCUUUGCAUUGGUUAGUAGACACAUUAGAGAAUUGGUCCCCAUCAUUUAUACGCCAACUGAAGGUGAUGCGAUUGCCGCUUACUCUCAUAGAUUCCGUAAACCAGAAGGUAUCUUUUUAGACAUUACAGAGCCAGAUUCGGUGGAAAGAAGAAUUUCAACUUACGGUGAGGACAAGGAUGUGGACUAUAUCGUUGUUACCGAUUCUGAAGGUAUUUUGGGUAUCGGUGAUCAAGGUAUUGGUGGUAUCCGUAUUGCCAUUUCUAAAUUAGCACUGAUGACUCUAUGUGCAGGUAUUCAUCCUGGUAGAGUUAUGCCUGUGUGUCUAGAUGUUGGUACCAACAACAAGAAACUGGCACGUGAUGAAUUGUACAUGGGUAACAGAUUUUCCCGUGUUAGAGGUAAGCAGUACGAUGAAUUUGUAGAUAAAUUCAUUCAAGCUGUUAAAAAGAGAUUCCCAAGUGCAGUUCUCCAUUUCGAGGAUUUUGGUGUUUCAAAUGCCCGUCGUGUAUUGGAUACUUAUAGAGAUGAAUUGCCCUGCUUUAAUGAUGAUAUUCAAGGUACAGGUGCAGUUGUUAUGGCUUCAUUGUUAGCGGCUUUGAAACACACAAAGAGGGAACUAAAGGAUACCGUGGUUCUUGUUCACGGUGCAGGUUCUGCAGGUUUAGGUAUCGCAGAUCAGAUCGUCAACCACAUGGUUACAAGAGGUUUGACUCUAGAAGACGCCAGAUCCAAGAUUUAUUUAAUGGAUCGUCGUGGUCUAAUUACAAACUACUUGAAGGAUUUCACUACCCCUGAACAACAAGCAUACGCAAAGGAUGGUCAAGCUUGGUCCGAUGUCAAUACUACUUCUCUUUUGGAAGUCGUUAGUCGUGUGAAACCUACUUGUUUAGUCGGUUGUAGUACCCAAGCAGGUGCAUUCAACAAAACGAUCGUUCAAGAAAUGUACAAACAUAACAGAAGACCUAUCAUUUUCCCAUUAUCAAACCCAACCAGAUUACACGAAGCAGUUCCAGAAGAUUUACUACGCUGGACCGAUUACAAUGCUCUUGUGGCUACCGGUUCUCCUUUCCCACCUGUGGAUGGAUUCCGUAUUUCUGAAAACAACAACUGUUUCUCCUUCCCUGGUAUUGGGUUGGGUGCUGUUCUUUCCCGUUCUACGGUGAUUACCAACACUAUGAUUAGUGCUGCUGUGGAUGAGUUGGCCGAUCUAUCACCAUUGGAAGAUGGUAAUUCUAAACCAGGUUUAUUACCACCUAUGGAAGUUAUUCGUGACACUUCCAACAAAGUGGCUACAGCUGUCAUUUUACAAGCUUUGAAAGAAGGUCACGCAAGAGUGGAGGAAGAAGAUGUGCCUGAUUCCCCUGGUACUAAAGUCCAGGUGCCUCGUGAUUUUGAUGGUUGUUUGGAAUGGGUCAAAGACCAGAUGUGGAAGCCUAUCUAUAGGCCAAUGGUCAAGGUGGAACAUGACCCAAAGUUUCAUUCCCAUCAAUACUAA